UAAACCACUGAAACCCUACCCAAAAUUCAUCGCCAGAUGCCCAAAGUCCAAAAAAUUGUUACCAAGGAUAGUCUUCUUCGCAGGUUCGCCGGAAAAAAUGGGACGCCCAACGCUGCGGCUGCGACUACGACCUCCUACUGCAGCUGCGGCCUCUUGCUGCUGCUGUGGCAUACUAUACAAUUGAAUGUCUACGUAGUGCUGUGAAGCCGUACUUGAAAUCCCUCUUGGUCCAAGUGGAUGUUGGUAGCCUGCAUGGUAGGUAUGUUCCAAAGACUUGGCCACUCUUUCAUGUCCAUCACCAAACAUUUUCAACAAACUAGAAAUUGCAUUUGGGUAUCAUUGAGUGGUGUUGAAAACAAUAUCGAAGAGAUUGAAUAUAAACUCCAUUCUUGUACUAACCUCGAUAUUGCUAAACGCUUGCAUGCCCUUCUUAUUGUAUAUGGAAAGGCUCAGAGUAUUUAUUUUGGCACUAAACUUUUAAAAGUUUAUGCCUGCUUGGGUGAUGUUUCUUUUUCUCGUAGUAGUUUUGAGCAUAUAAAGAAGAAGAAUACCUAUACUUGGAACACAAUGAUAUCAGCUUAUAUCCAUAAUGGCAGAUUCCAUGAAUCUGUACACUGUAUAUAUGAAAUGUUGUCAUCGUCAGAUGUUCGGCCUGACUUUUAUAGCUUUCCUCCUAUUUUGAAAGCUUGCCAUAAUAUACUCGAUGGAAUAAGGAUUCAUUGCUGGGUUUCAAAACUAGGUUUGGAAUGGGAUGUAUUUGUAGCUGCCUCUUUGGUACAUAUGUAUUGUCGUUUCAAAUCUUUCGAAGAUGCUCUCAUGAUUUUUAAUGAUAUGCCCUUCAGGGAUAUGGGCUGUUGGAAUGCUUUGAUUUCUGGGUUCUGCCAAAAUGGAAAUGCUGCAGGUGCACUGACUAUGUUGGAUAAGAUGAGGUCAGUUGAAAUUAAGAUGGAUAAAGUGACUGUUGCAACUGUUCUUCCCAUUUGUGCACAAAUGAAUGAUAUCUUAUGUGGGGUGCUAAUUCAUCUAUAUAUCAUCAAAAAUGGGCUAGAAUGGGAUAUCAUUGUGUCCAAUGCGUUGAUAAACCUGUAUGCCAAAUUUGGUGAGUUGGGACAUGCAGAGAAGGUCUUUAAUCAAAUGGUGAUAAGAGAUAUAAUAACUUGGAACUCGAUGAUUGCUGCAUAUGAACAAAAUAACCACCCAGAUAAAGCACUGGCAUGCUUUUUGGCAAUGCAGUUAAAUGGGUUUCGGCCUGAUUUGUUAACGUUAGUGAGCUUAGCUUCAAGUAUUGCUCAGACUAAAAAUUUUCGAUAUAGCAUAGCUAUUCACGGGUUUAUCCUGAGAAGAUGCUGGAUAUUGGAUGAUGUUGUGCUUGGUAAUGCAGUAGUAGACAUGUAUGCUAAAUUAGGUUAUAUUGAUUAUGCACGUGAGGUUUUCAAUAAGGUCCCUUUCAAGGAUGUGGUUUCGUGGAAUACUAUUAUCACAGGUUAUGCACAGAAUGGUCUUGCAAGUGAGGCUAUUGAAGUGUACUCCAUGAUGAAGGAGUGUGGGGGCAUAACACCCAAUCAAGGGACAUGGGUGAGCAUUUUGACAGCUUAUGCUCAUUUAGGAUCCUUGCGGGAAGGGAUGAGGACUCAUGGACAGGUAUUCAAGGUAGGUCUCCACUUAGAUGUCUUUGUGGGUACUUGCCUAAUUGACCUCUAUGGCAAAUGUGGAAGACUUGGUGAUGCUAUGUCUUUAUUUUAUGAGAUUCCCAAGGAGAGUCCAGUCCCUUGGAAUGCCAUGAUAUCAUGCCAGGGAGUUAACGGGCUUGGUGUAGCAUCUAUUCAAUUAUUUAGAGAUAUGCUGGAUUGUGGGGUUAAACCAGAUAAUGUAACCUUCUUAUCACUUCUGGCUGCCUGUAGCCAUUCAGGUUUGAUUGAUGAGGGUAAAUGGUACUUUCAUGUGAUGCAGCAAGAAUUUGGGAUAAUGCCUAGUCUAAAGCACUAUGGCUGUAUGGUGGAUUUAUUUGCUAGGGCUGGGCAACUAGAAAUGGCUUAUAAUUUCAUUAAAAGAAUGCCUUUACCGCCAGAUGCUUCAGUUUGGGGUGCUCUUCUCAGUGCGUGUAGAGUUCAUGGAAAUGUUGAGUUGGGUAAAUUGGCUUCAGAUAACUUGUUUUUAGUCGAUUCAGAAAAUGUCGGGUACUAUGUUUUGUUGUCAAAUAUGUAUGCAAAUUCUGGAAAAUGGGAGAGGGUGGACGAAGUUAGAUCAUUAGCAAGAGUUAGGGGUUUAAAGAAGACUCCAGGAUGGAGCUCAAUUGAAAUGAGAAAUAAGAUUGAAGUUUUCUAUACAGGCAACCAGUUUCAUCCUCAAAGUAAGGAGAUAAAUGAGGAGCUGGAAAAUUUAACUGCUAAAAUGAAGACCCUUGGUUAUAUUCCAGAUUUCAGUUUUGUGUUGCAAGAUGUUGAGGAUGAUGAGAAGGAGCGCAUCCUUUCAAGUCAUAGUGAAAGGCUGGCAAUUGUAUAUGGACUUCUGAAUACUCCUUCUAAAAGUUCCAUAUGUAUUUUUAAGAAUUUACGCGUUUGUGGUGACUGCCACAAUUUUACCAAAUUUCUAUCAAGGAUGACAGAGAGGGAAAUUGUAGUGAGGGACUCUAAUCGCUUUCACCACUUCAAGGAUGGGAUUUGUUCAUGCGGGGAUCAUUGGUGACAUACAUCAUAAUUUCAUGGUUCAAAAUAUAGAAUGUCCACUGCAAGAAUGAUUUCACCACUCCAUAAUUGCUGCAUAAAAGAAGCACGCUGUCCUGGUUUAGUGAUUUUGAAUGCAGGGAAGUCACUUUACUUCACUUAUGUUGACUGCAGUUGGAUAAUUUGUUGUUGAUCUCUAUUCUCAAGCCCACUUUGCCAUGAAAAACAUCCCCCCAGUACCCAGAAGUACAACAACAAGAGAUUUGAUCUGCAACUUUAUGCUUCUGUACAUCUUCGGACCCGUGAAAUCUGCAGCAAGAAGAUUGACUAAAGCCAUGUAGAUUGGAAGGCCAGCAGAUGAUGCAUCCAGCAGCCCCACGGUGAUCAGAGCACGCGGACUGUGUUCUUUGUAUGUGGUUGACAGUGCUAUGCGAAGCUCAAUCCCAAACGGGGUUGACUGAGAAGAAAAAUGCCAUGAUCGCGGAUCGCCUUCAGUAAUUUGUACUCAGCCUGGUUACAUCAACAGUGUUUUCUUGCUGCAGACAAUACAGAAUGAGUAUUGCGAGACCUAUUGCCCAUAUGGUAGAGCGUUGCAGAGGUAUUAAUGUGUAUUAAAACUUUCUAUGAAAAACUAUUUUUAUGCCUAACAUAAGACUUUAAUGAACUGUUCUUAGAUUGCCAACACAUAGCCUUAUAUACAUUUUUUGUUCGAUUUGA